AUGGUGAAAAAGUGCGAAAUUGUUCCGCUGCCAUCCUGGACUUCUCACACAUUUGAAAAAAUUCUAGGAAGUUAUGGUUCAUUUCACGACGCCUGUUUGAAGCUAAAACAAGCUGAGGAUACCUCAAACAUUGAAAGUAGCCAGGAGGACGACAUUGGAAUCCGACGUGGACGUAGGGUCCAGAAAAAGAAGGAUGUCGUAUGUAUUUUUAUAUUUCUUAACAUUUAUAUAUUUAACUUGUUUUGUUGUCAAGAAUCUACCGGCGACCAGCCCCACCCUCCAGAUGAGAAUAAUCAGCAGGUAGCAGUCGUUCCAGAAAUUCCUCAACCUGUUAUCGUUCAAGAGGAUUUUGAUGUUGAACAGGAUCCUAAGUUAUUUUUGGCGACGGCAGCGGAUACAGCUGACAUCAAGUCUCUAAUUGAAGGAUUCAUGAAAAAAAGUUUCGAGUUAUUAGAGAGACAAGCAGAAGAUAUAAGGGAAAUUAAAGCUGCCAUUCACACGUUGCGUGCAAAUUCACAAGGUGGCAAUUUGCUCCCAGAUUAUUCUAUUAUACCACCUUUGCCGAUCGCUGGGAGAUUGGAACUCGUGGCUUUUGAGGAUUGGCUGAAAUCAUCCGAUUCCCAUAAAAAACUGCUGAUCUCAUAUUUGAGUACAACUGGCGGUUCAAAUACUGACAGGAAUACUAGGCAGGUAUUGCUAAAAUUAAUUGGUGGCAGUUUGAGAUGUCAAAUUAAUUAUACCGGGAAAGGUAACAAAGUCGCACUGGAAAAUCUGGAGAUUUUGAAAAUUUUAAAGGAUUCUGUCCGUACUCGGUAUCCUGUGGCCAAUGACGACGAGAUAUUAGGGACAGCAAAGAAUUGGUUCAAGUACGCCCCUAAAGAUGGAGAAGACCAAUAGGACAGGUCGGUCGCCCAGGAAUUUAAGACGUAUUAUUGCAAAACGAGUCCAACAGAACAUUGAAAACACUCAGCGACAAAUUACUCCUACUCCAGAAAAUAAUAAUAAUCAUUUAAAUGAUAUUAAUACGGUAGAUACUGAUAGAUUAGUAAAUAAUUUUAUUCACUCAGAGUCAGAGGAGCGAAGUCAGAUUUAGUUUAGUUUAAGUGACACGGGUAGUGAUGGUCCUUUUAAUGAUAUUGAUAUUAGUGAAUUUAAAGUUAGUUUAAGGGAAUGGGCAAUUAAUUACAAUAUUACAGGUAUUGCUACACAGGAACUUUUGAAAUUGUUGAGACGCCAUAAUUGUUUCGAAUCUCUUCCUAUAGACCAAAGAACUUUAUUACGCGGCGACAUUCCAGUAGUUAAAACGAUAACUAGAAAUGACGAUGGGUCAUACUUUAGUUAUUUUGGUAUAACUAGUUCAUUGCAGGCUCAAUUCAACGAGGAUUUUAUUGAGCCCUUACUAAGUAUUAGGGUAGCAGUUAGUGUCGAUGGUCUUCCAAUUUCUAGAAGUAACUCGAAACAAUUUUGGCCGAUCCAAGUUUCAUGCAUUGAAAGUAAAUUUGGAGUUUUUGUAGCUGGGUUAUAUUAUGGGGAAACGAAACCAAAAUUAGUCGAUAAUUUUUUGAAGGAUUUAGUAGAUGAAAUCCAAGUUUUGCAAACGGUUAGUCUAAUUCUUAAUCAUAGUAUAAUCAAAGUUAAAUUUGAUAGGAUAAUUGCUGAUGCGCCUGCGCGUAGUUUCAUUAAGCAAUGCAAAAAUCACAACUCUUAUAAUGGGUGUGAAAAAUGUAAAGUUGUAGGAAAAUGGACAGGUAGAGUUAUAUUUCCUGAUUUAUCUGCUCCUGUUAGAACAGACGACGAAUUUUUACAGCAAUUAGAUAUAAAUCAUCACUCUGGUAAUUCACCAUUUGCACAUAUAGAUUUUCCAUUAGUUAGUUGUGUUCCUAUUGAUUACAUGCAUUGUAUUUGUUUAGGAGUAGUUAGAAAAUUGUUACGUUGUUGGAUAAAAGGUCCAAUCCCAUAUAAAUUACCGCCCAGUAGCGUUUUAAAAUUAAACGAAUCAUUAUUUAAUUUACGAACAAGCUGUCCUAAUAAUUUUAGUAGAAAGCCGAGAACGGCUAAAGAUGUAGAUAUGUGGAUAUGAUAUGUAGAUAUGUGUAGAUAUGUGGCGACAGAGUUUAGGUCAUUUUUACUUUACACAGGUCCUGCAGUUCUUAAAAGUGUUUUGCCUAAGAGUAAAUAUCAUUUUUUAUUAUUGAGUAUAGCGACUUCAAUUUUGAUAAGCGAGAAAGCGCAAAAUGUUGAAUGGAAUGAGUACGCUAACAAAUUGUUUAGAUUUUUCGUUUCAAAAAUUAGCGACUUAUAUUCAGAAAAUUUUCUAGUAUAUAAUGUGCACUGUUUAAUUCACAUUGCUGCUGAUGCCAUGAAUUAUGGGAGACUGGAUAACUUUAGUGCAUUUGACUUUGAGAAUAAUAUGCAAUUUAUUAAAAGAACAUUAAGAUCUCCUUAUAAACCGUUCGAACAAUGUAUAAGUAGAUUAAAAGAAAAGGAACAUUUAAAAUUGUCAGCCAAGCCUAUAUCUCCAUCAUGUCAGAGUAAAUUUUCUAAAGGUAAUAAUUGUUAUAAAAUAGAGACUGGUGAAAUUGUAAUUAUUAUUAGUUAUGUACCUGGCUCCGAUACAUUACUAGUUAAAAAAUUUACAAAAGUUGAUGACUGGUAUGUUGUUCCAUGUAAAAGUACGAUUGUUGAUGUAUAUUUAGUUUCAAAGUUAUCUAGCGCUGUACAUAUUAAUUUAAGUUCAUUAAGGCAAAAAUGUUGGUUAAUGGAGUUGGAAGGUGGCAUUAUUUGUAUUCCUUUACAUAACACUAAUAAUUGAUUCUUUUGUAAUGAAUGAUCGAUUUUUGUAUAAUAAAGAAUCACGUUGCCAAUAUUAUCGUUGUAUAUUCAUUAUUAAAUCGACGGAUAAACGACGGUGAAUUAUGACCAUAAUGCGACCAUACUUUCAACGGUAUUUCGACCGUCGAUUUUAUGUUGAUUCCGACGAUCAAAUCCACGUUGAAUCAACGGUCGCAUUUUAGGAGAAUAUGGAUGGUUGUUUAGACUAGGUUCUGCCGGCCAUAUGUGACCAAUUUCCGACUGCGUCGUUUCGACGUCACUUUCAACCAAUUUUGC